AUGGCUUUGGCGAUGUGCAUCAGUGUCGAUUACUAUGCGAUCCAGGCUCCCAGGAAUAAAUGUGAAAUACCAAUAGAAGGUGUAGGAAACUGUUUAUCAACAUACGCUCGUGGCAGAGCGACUGUACAACUGUCCUCUAACUUUAAUCAACACUUUGGUAUGAGUGUUGAAGUCUACCUCAUCGAAGCUAUCACUUCUCCCACACCUGUAUCUAAGAUUUCGGAUGAUUGUUGGCAACAUUUACGCAAUUUGCAACUGGCAGACCCUUCCUUUGGUACUACUGGACGAAUUGAUGCAUUGCUUGGCGCAGACGUUUGGGGCCAGUUAAUCACAAAUGGCAUAGUUCGUGGUAGUAAUACAGAACCAUUCGCGCAAUCAACUCAACUUGGCUGGGUUGUAUUUGGACCGGCUACACUUCAAUCUCAUACAGUACCUACUGUAAGGUCAUUGGCCACUUGCACUAAACAUGAUCUACGAGUUGACGAGUGGUUGCGUAUACUUUUUGAGGCCGACAACGAGCACACGACAUCUACAACUACUAUGGAAGCUGAUCUAUGUGAACACAUAUUUAUGUCUACACAUACCCGUGAUCUAGAUGGCCGUUACAUUGUGCAAAUACCAUUUAAGCUGAACGCAUCAGCACUUGGGAAUUCACACAAUUUGGCAUUACGGCAAUUUUAUCAACUAGAGCGCAGACUUACUUCAAACCCAGAUCUACGGGAGAAGUACAUUAAUUUUUUGAGGGAAUAUAUUCAGCUUGGUCAUAUGACUGCAAUUUCGGAUCGACCAGGUGAACCAGCACAGUCAUACUACGUCCCACAUCAUGCAGUGACCAUGAAGUUUCGCGUUGUUUUUAAUGCGUCAGCGCAAACGUCAACAGGCAUCUCGCUCAACGACACACAAUUGGCUGGCCCGCUCAUUCAAGAGUUAUUGGUAAAUAUAAUCCAUAGAUUUAGACGGUUUGCAGUUGCACUAUCCGCAGAUGUAGAAAAAAUGUUUAGGCAAGUGUUAAUCGACAAACGACAUAGGCAAUGGCAACAAAUUCUAUGGCGGGAAUCUCCUACUGAAUUAUUGCGCACCUACCAGUUGAACACCGUCACUUAUGGUACAGCUAGCGGUCCUUAUUUGGCAGUUCGUGCGAUGCAGCAGUGUGCUUUGGAUAACUCGUGUAUAUUGCCUACAAACGAACGGGCGAAAGCAGCUCAGGAAAGCAUAUUACGGGACUUCUACAUUGAUGAUUAUCUCUGUAGUGCUCCAUCAACAAAGGCUGCAGUUUUAUUGGCAAGGGAUGUUGAUUCUGUGCUUAAAGAAGGACACUUCUGUCUACGCAAGUGGCGAUCUAACGACUCAAGGGUUUUGGCAAAACUUACAAAUACACCAUUCACUGAUGAAAUUGAAUUGCAAGCUAUGGAAACGACGGUUCUUGGGUUGAAUUGGGAUCCCAUAGCUGACGAACUAUUCUACAAGGUUAAAUUGGCAACUGAUACUACCUCAACUACGAAGCGUCAAGUCCUAAGUGACACGGCAAGGCUGUAUGACCCACUUGGUAUGUUGGCGCCUGUAAUUAUCGUGGCUAAACUUUUCAUUCAGCGACUUUGGCUGGCAGGAUUGGCAUGGGACACACCUCUGCCAACAGAUUUGCUCGAUGAAUGGCUCACAUUUCGUGGCGAUUUGCAGAGAUUGGAGAAAAUUCGAAUACCACGAUGGAUUGGUAUUCAAAUCGAUGCGACUCUCCAACUACAUGGCUUUUGCGAUGCAAGUAUGAAGGCAUAUGCAGCGGUCAUUUACCUUAUCACAGUCGACAACAAGGGAUAUCGCAAAUCAAUUCUGAUUACAUCUAAGACCAAGGUUGCACCAAGCAAGGCUGUAACAAUUCCAAGGCUGGAACUGUGCGCUGCCCAACUCCUUACUACGACGAUGAUAACUACCCGACAGGCUUUGGACCUCAACAACAUUCCAUAUACAAUGUGGAGCGACUCUAGCAUUGUUCUCUACUGGCUUCGCAAAUCAACAACACAACUUAAACCCUAUGUGGCAAACCGCGUUGGCUAUAUACAACAGAAUUCCGAGAUUGGCAAUUGGAAUCACAUUCGUACACGAUUUAACCCAGCAGAUUGCGCAAGCAGAGGCAUAAGUGUUGAUGCGCUUAUAUCACACCCGCUAUGGUGGCAUGGCCCAACAAUUGACAUCGAACAAUCUUCUGUAGAAGGCACUACACUCACAGAGAACGAGUCUUUGGAAAUGGAGACAGAACUAAAACCAAUCAAGGCACAUAUGGCUUGUGCAUUAAAAAGGCUUUCAAUUGAAACUUGGUAUAGACGGGGUACGGAAACUAUAAUUAUUCCUUUGCUAGACCGUUUCAGUAAACUUGGGAAACUGCUUCGUACAACAGCUUACAUUUUACGAUGGAGAAAGUCAAAUCGCAUAUAUAGAUCACAAUUUUUCGUCACAGCCGAGGAAAUAGAAGAGGCUCUACGCUGGCAUACAAAGGCGGUACAGCAUACAUUCUUUGCGGCAGAGAUCAUUCAACUUCAAAAAGGCAACAGCGUGGGUGGAUCAAGCAAACUGGCAUCACUUACUCCAUAUAUGGAUAAGGAGAUGAAUAACAUUCUCCGUGUAUCUGGCAGAUUGGACAACGCAAACCUGGGUGGCUCUCGAACACAUCCCAUCAUCCUUCCUAGGGAAAGCACAUUGGCAAAGCUUAUUGUGCAGAAAACACAUGAUGAAACGCUCCAUGGUGGCAUACAGCUUAUGAUACAGACGAUUCGAGAAAAAUAUUGGAUACUCCAUGUACGUAUUCUUGUGAAACAUGUUAUUCAUUUCUGUUCUAUUUGCAGAAGGCAUCGACAUACAAUGGCUAAACAACGUAUGGCAUCGUUACCUUCAGCUCGAGUUCUGGCUUCUCCACCAUUUUCAAUCUCAGGUGUGGAUUACUUUGGGCCAUACAACAUUCGCAUUGGCUCAAAAAACGUCCGUACAGUGAAAAAGACCUAUGCUGCUGUUUUUGUCUGCUUAGCUUCAAAGGCUGUACACAUUGAGCUGGCCGAAGAUCUGUCAGCCGAGGCAUUCAUCAACCUUUUCACUCGCUUUGUGAACCGUCGUGGCCCAUGUCAUCAAUUGUUUAGCGAUAAUGGAACUGCAUUCGUUGGAGCAAAUCGGCUUUUGCAGGAAGACCUCAAGGAAUGGCAAGGUGCUUAUGCAUUGCAACAUUUGGCGAACCGAGGCACCCAGUGGCACUUCAUUACACCUAGCGCACCGCAUCAAGGCGGCCUUUGGGAGGCGGCAGUCAAGUCGGCCAAGAAACAUUUGCGCCGAGUUAUUGGAACUCAGUCCAUUUACUAUGAUCAGCUGCAUACCUUACUAGUGCAUAUAGAGGCAUGCUUGAACUCACGUCCGUUGGUGGCUUUACACGAUGACAUAGACGACCGAUUGGCUCUCACACCAGCAGACUUUCUUAUUGGCCGAUCUAUUAUUGCAGUACCAGACAAACCCGUUUUGGAAGUACCCACACAGCGGCUAAGCUACUGGCGACAACUAAGGCAAAUGCAACAACAUUUCUGGAGACGAUGGCAGGAUGAGUACUUGCAAACAUUGCAACCACGUUCCAAAUGGCAUGAAGCAACUGAAAAUAUCAACAUUGGCGAUGUUGUUAUCAUCAAAAAUGAAAAUUUACCAGCAACACAGUGGCCACUUGGUCGGAUUAUGAAACUACACCCAGGCAAGGACGGCCUAACCAGAGUCGUCACAAUCAAACAUCAAAAGGGUGAAUGCUUGAGACCGAUACAAAAACUAUGCAAAAUUUUGGAUGAUUCUGAACGUACCCGCCCAGCCGGCCAGGAUGUUCGUGACUUCAAAGACGAAGGCGCAAGUCCCUUGGCGACAGAAAAAUAA